ACAUGUUAGACUGACGGUGAGGUGAGUGUGCACUGGGAAUUGUUGUGGGUGGGACUGAGAUACAGGACUGAUUAAAGGUUGUAAAACAAAAAAAAAAAAAGUACCGCCACACCUUUCAACAGUUGACGCAGUAUUCUGUUACAGUAUCUCCUUUAUCUGGAUCUGCAUUCACAUUCUCGGAUAAAACAAAGCCAUGGACCUUGAGUACUUUAAGUCUCAUGACAUGUUCUGGGGUACCCUCGGAACUGUGCGCCCCUUCUCCAAUUUCUACCCAGAGGGUGACGUCACGGAGAUCCAGGCGGCUCUGGAGAAGAAAGAUGCGGUGAAUCUGGUGAGGAUCCUAACGAAUCGGAGCAACGCCCAGAGACAAGCGAUUGCCAAGACCUUUGAAGAGACGACCAAAAAGGACCUGCCAUCUGCUCUGAAGAAAGCAUUGUCUGGAGACCUGGAGGCUCUACUGCUGGAAAUACUGAUGCCUCCUGUGCAGUAUGAAGCGUACCGUCUGCAACAGGCCAUGGUGGGUCUCGGCACAGAUGAGGAAACACUAAUGGAGAUUCUGUGUACACAAUCUAGCGAGCAGCUUCAAGAAAUCAAUGCUAUGUUCAAACAGGUCUACAAUAAAGACCUGGAGAAGGAACUGAAAGGAGAAACCAGUGGAGACUUCGCUAAGCUGGUUGUGGCUUUGCUAAAUAAGCAAAACAGGACUGGUGUGCUUCAACGAGAUAUUGAGUCUCUCACUGCAUCUCUCAAUGGGAAAAAAGCUGAUGCAGGACCAUGGAUCGACAUAUUGACCUCUAGAGACUCAGAUUAUCUCAACAAAGUGCUGACUGGCCUGGAGCUCCAGACUGGACAGAUGGUGGAGCAGACCGUGGAGAAACGUUUCACCGGAGACUUUCGGCUGGGUUUGAAGGUUUUAGUUCAGUGCAUUCAAAACCGUGAUGUCUACCUCGCCAAGAGACUGUCUACCAUGAAGACUCCAUUAGUACAGGGAAUCAUGGUGUCUCACAGUGAGGAAGAUCUCCUGUGUAUCCGAGCUGCCUUCCUUAAGUUAACAGGCACUUCUCUCUACACUACACUGAAGAAACAUUUUAAAGGAGAACACCUACAGGCUCUUUUGGCCAUUUGUCGAUCUGAGGAUUAAGCAAACUCAUUUUUCAUCGCAGUCGAUUUGUUGUAAUACAAAAAUAAACAAUAAUAAAGUGCUACAAUACAA